AUGGUUGAACAAGAUAAGUCGAGGGGAUUGUUUGUCUUAGAAAUACAUGGAAUCAAGUCACUACAAGCAAACAGGAACGGUACCGACAGUAGUUCAUCUAUGAGGAAGAUGCGACCGCUGUUUGCCAUCAAAAGCACCGUCCAGGUCUCAAUUUUCCCCAAGUCAUCAGAUCUCCCAUGCAAAAGUCCGCCUCCUCAGCAAGCAGCUGUAAAGUGCAUAGCGGAUAGCGAUCACAAGAAGAACGUGUUGAUUGAGACCGAUCGGCUUACUAUCAAACCUGAAACCCUCUCAAUCUCAGGUGACCCCAAGACGCUCAAGCUCGAUGAGGCGUACAAAAUGAUGCUCAGCAUCAAUUUUAUCUAUCAAAGUGAGGCCGAGGACCUCUACAGGUUUAUGGGCGUCGAGAAUGCAGCCAAAAAUGCACACACACGUCUGGCAACUCUGUUCAAGGAUAUCCUAGAGUGCCCGGAUGGGACAACCAUCUUGCCGCUCAAGGACCGCAGGCAGCAGCUUAAAUUUGGUAUAGAGGUUUCUAUGUACUGGACAAGCACACGAGGGAGGUCGAUUCUGUCUACACACAAUGAGCAGAUACGGAUAGGGGCACAGCCGAAUUUUUAUCCAACGCCUCCUGCGAGCACAGAGACAGCAAGACAUGAACUCACGUUCGUCUAUGCGAAUAAGAAAAUUCAUCGCUCAGACUUGGGUUGUCCAUACGAAGCGGAAGGAUGCCAUAGGCGGCCACAUAAAAGCAUAGACGCUCUUCGUAUGCACAUGGAUGGGUUGCACAAUAACUUUAGACACCGAGCUGUGCAGGAACGAGUGGACGAGAACGGUGUUGAGCAUUGGCGGUUUGAAUGCGAAGUUUCAGAGAACAGGACAGGUCAGCGUGCAAGUGACCGCGCAGAUGAGCCUUUCGAUGUUCGUGUCAUGCCUCCACCACGGCCAUUUGACAGACGACAGUAUUUGUCUGAAGGAAAUGAUGAUUACCAACGAGAGGCUAGGCUAGAGCGAUCAACGAGGCAUCCAGGAUCGAAAACGGCCGUGAAUCUGCCCACAAACACCCGAACGGCGCGAAAGCUACCAGAAUGUGUUCAAGAGCGACCAGCAAGAGAAAAGAAGACAUACUCUGUUCCUAGAGCUCCUCCAGGAGUCACGUAUUUCCGAUCCCGUAGCAAACGGCCGCUUAAGGAAGGAGAAUCAAUUAGUGAAAGCGAUGAUGAGGUCGACACAGAGUGGAUUGCUUUACGAAAAAGAGCAGAAGAUCGCAAGAAUAACCUCCUUUCAGAUACAGCGAGACGUUUUUUGAACGUGUUUGACAGGUUUAUGCAAGAUGAGUCUAUCCAUGCCGACAUCCAUGCUGGAGACGCCAUAGUUCGCUUCGCACGAGGGAACGGGGCUUGGCUAUGGCAGGAGCAAGUUUUUCAGGAAUUCCAAACAAAGUUAGAUGAGCUCUUAGAAGACGACAUUAUCUCAAAGGAGGUACAUGCGGCGUCUUUGGAGUUUGUCGAAGGUCAGAAGCCGGCUGAACGAGAGGCAUAUGAAAUCUCACAGCGCUUCGCUGGGUUGGAUGUCCAACAUACGCAAACACGGCUCAUACCAGCAAGCAACAGUGUUGCUAAUAGGACUCGCAAGUCGCAGAACGAUAAAAAGGCUAAAGCUAAAGCCAUAGGCAAUGGCCAUCUCACACAAAUUACGACCGAUUCAGAUGGCGACGUGCAAAUGAGAGGAGCAUCAUUACAUAAUCAUCCAGACCCAGAAACUACGCUGCAAGGUGGAGAUGCAGAUGCAGAGCCUCCUUACGAUCUAUGUCUUUGUGGAACGGACGCGUUGAUUUCUCGUGCGUCGGCCGUUAUCGUCUGUGAUGGUAUCGACUGCAUCCGUCGGUAUUUCCAUCCAGAAUGCAUAGAAAAGUAUGCAAAGUCGCCUGUCAGAGAGCUCAACCCCAAACAACAUCGUUGGACGUGCGACGACUGUCAAGAUAUUUCCGAGACAGCUAGCUAG